AUGACUACCAUCCUCACCGAGAUGCAUAAGGAGCAAAAGGCAUUCUAUUCCAUCCAAGCCGUUCAAGAUUCACACCAAGUUCCUCAAAUUGAAGGGCCUCCUAGAAUAUGUGGCUUGUCUUCUAGCAUCGUACAUUAUACUGAUCAGUGCCACCAAAUUCAAGAGGAGUACACCCUAGCCGUAGCAAAUGUGAACUAUAACAAUCGUCCAUCUUACCAAAACCAAGGCCACAACAACUACUCUCAUGGCAAUAACUCCAAUCAAGGGUGGAGAGAUAAUGCACAAGGGAACCAUCAAAAUCAAAGAUGGAACAACUCUUCUUCUCACCACAACAAUAACUACCAAUCUUCAUUCCAACACCAUAACAACAACAACCAUCAGGCCAACCAAAAUCACCAAAACAACUACCCUAAAUACCAAGCACCACAUUAA